AUGAGUGAGCUUGAGAUAAUAGCGAUAUGCGAGGUAUGGUCGGGCAGUACGGCUGAGAUAUAUUUCGCCGACCAGUCGACCGCCGAUGGGUUCGGUAGCGAACACUCGCUAGUGGUGGCCAACCAUAGGUACGAAACGGACGCCGCCUUCCUAUGGCUGGUGGCCGAAAGGUACGGCUGUCUGGGCUCGAGCAAGGCUUUUGCCAAACGAGAGCUCCGGUAUGUGCCGAUAAUCGGGUGGACCUUCUUUUUCGGCGAAUACAUAUUCCUGGAGAGGGACUGGCGUAAGGACGCCGACAACAUAGCCACCGGUUUGGACCACAUUAUGGCUCACAAACAGCCGACGCUACUCAUGAUCGCCGCCGAAGGCACCAGAUUUACGGCACAGAAGUACGAGACGAGUAUGAAGUUUGCCGCCGAUAGGGGACUGGGAGUCCACUAUAAACACCAUUUGUUGCCCAGAGUUAAGGGAUUCGCGUAUUCCGUGCGACACUUGAAGGAGAAGUUUUUAUAUACAAACCCUGAGGCCGCUCUCUAUAGUCUUCAGUUAGCUUUUGAUGAGAACAAGGAGUCCAUCAAAAUAUCAAAUCUUAUAAAAGGCGUUCCCAUGAAUGGUUCGGUUCAUAUC